CUUGGAGUCCGAGACCCCGUAGGACACAAGGUGGUCCGCCUCUGCUCAUCCUUCACCCCUCCCGGCCGGCCACAUGCUUCCCACCAACAAUCCUCCUCGCUUAAAGGCUCCUGCAUCUUGGAUAUCGAUCUUCAGGAUUAUGUCGAGUGGUGUUUGAUAGAGAAAGAUUUGAUCUUUGCGCGUUUGCAACCACCCAUACCAUACCCGAUCUAAUAAUCCAUUUACUCCAUACAAAAAGUCAAUUUGUGAGAUAGUAGGAAAAACCAAUCCUGAGAGAAGGAAAGCCUCUAGCUUUGCUUUAAUUGUGAUUACUCUCAUCAAUAUUAGAGGCUUCAUAAAGCUCAGGUUCACUCUUGGAUCCGACCGACCUAAGAAGGCAAGCUCCUGAAAACUCUUGGAUCCGACCGACGCAAGCUCCUGUAAGCCAUGCUGGGAACAAAGAGAUAUUGUUUUGGAGCCUAAAGAUUCAUUCUUUGAUGAGUGGGAAUCGUGUCCUUCGUGAUUCCAGGUUUCAACUAAAGAAGGUUCAACAUGGUUUGGCCCAGGGUGUGACAUAUGGCCUCAGUUUAGUACAGGGACGCAAUGCUGAAUUCUCUUAUAUUUGUUUUGUUGGGUGUUACAGUGUGCUGCUCAGAGAUUGGACAUUAAUGAUCGGAUAAGUCACCUUCCGGAUGACAUUCUCGGUGUGAUAUUGUCUUCCCUUCCGUUGAAGGAAGCUGGGCGCACGAGUGUUCUUUCAUCUCGUUGGAAGAACUUGUGGAAACAAACCCCGCGCCUCAAUUUUAAUGCGUGCAAUGAAUUGGACAGGAUUGCUCGUGAUGGAAAGCUACGCUGUGUGGAGAGGUGCAAGUACGUAAGAUGGGUGAACUCUGUCCUGAAAUCUGUACCACGCAAAGCGGCGCUCACCUUGGAACACUUCAGGAUCUGUUUUGAUGUUGGAAAAGCAUUCUCUGGGACCAUUACGAAGUGGCUUAAAUUUGCUUUUAAGAGACAGGUUGAGAGGUUGGAGUUGAACCUUUUGGAAUAUGGCGAUCACGCAUCAGAGAAAUCGUAUGUCUUCCCUGAAGACAUCUUGUUCCAAAACAGCAGUGACUUCCCUCACCAAACUACUACACCUUUCAACUUCCAUUCUUUGAAAGCGUUGUGUUUGAAGAAUGUUUCGAUCAGUGACAAAGCUAUUGAGUUUUUGUUGCGCAACUGCCCUUCACUGGAGCAAUUAGAUCUUCAAGACAUAUAUACAUUAUCAAAUCUUGAAGUUUGUGGUCCAUCCCUCGUGUUAAAAAACCUGUCUGCACGGUAUUGCUAUGAUUUGGUAUCCAUUAAAGUAUCUGCACCGAACCUUACUUCACUUGCGGUUUCGACACCAAAAGGACUCGUGCUUGAGAAUGUUCCAAUGUUGGUCGAUUUAAAUAUUAGCUGUCGGGAAGCUCACAUCCCAUUGUUAGUUCCUACACUAUCUUGUUGCUUUUCCCAAUUGGAGAUUCUUACCCUGCGGCUGCCAAUUUAUGAGGUAUAUGAUAUUGUGCGGUUCAACUUCCCUGAGAUGGUUGAGUUGAAGAAGGUGGUUGUAAGUUAUGCUGGAAACCAUGAUGAAAGUCUUCUUGGGCUAAUGACAUUCAUUAGGAUAUCUCCCAAACUAGAAGAGUUUGUGUUGAAGAAUAGAUGGUGCGAUGGAUUGUCACGGGCUCGCAGAGAACUGAAUAAGGGGGCACCAUUUCGACACCAAAACCUUAAGGUGUUCCAGUAUUUAGGCUAUUACGGCCGCUGCAGUGAUAUGGAAGUAGUGGUGUUCAUUUUGGAAAACUGUAUUGGGCUUCAACAAAUCAUUAUCGAUCCAACCGUGCAGACCGAUUUUUUGCACGAGCCACUAGAUCCCGGUGAGUUGGAACAGGAAGAAGUUGGCAGAAGUUAUGCGAAGGAACAGCUGAAACCAAUAAUCCCUCCCCACAUUCAAUUUGUUAUCCGAUAGAUUCUUUGCUGCUGCUGCUGGUGUACACCACACGUCACCAGCCAUCUGGUGGACUAAAGUUAUUUGUGCAAUUGGUGUUCAGCUCUGUGUACUUUUUGUAUCAAGGAAUAAUUGGCAUUCAAAGCUUGAUUGAAAUUCACUUAUAUUCAUCAAGGAGCAGAUAGGGAGAAUAUUCUUGCGCAAUUGGUAUUCACUUGUAUUGCUAGUGUCUUAGAUAUUUGAGUUUUCAACAUUUCAAGAUAGGGAGAAUUUGCCCAGGGUAGUGCUGCAGCUUAGUUGCUCUUUCUUGCUGUCAACUCUUUGUUGAACCCAAACGUAGCAUAAUUUUCUACUACGUACUCCAUAAUUUAAAUAGAUUUAGUGAUUCAGCUGCUUGUGAAUCAGAAUUUCAAUAAGUUCAAUCAAUUCAGGCAAUUUUGAUGUUAUAAAAUAAGCUCA